UUCGCCACGCAGCAACACCACUUGCACCACCGCCCCUCGUCUCAGCUCAUCUCCUCGUCAAACUUCGCUUUCCCCAAAGUCUUCCUCUUCCCUCCUCUCUCUCUCUCUCCCCCAUCUCCAUGCCGCCAUAAGUAUCAGCAGCAUCGCACCCGGAAUCGGAAUCCCCAAACCCAACCCCAUCACCCCCCAACAACAAGAGAUCAUCGAAGCCCCAACAAGUCGCAUGACAUCCAUGGCGACGCCGCCGCCCAAGACCCUCCUCCUGCUCGUCCUCGCGCUAUCCGUCAUCCUCGUCUCGGCCACCGCGUUCCACCACCACCACCACCACGACGGAGGAGCCGAAGCUGGAGGAGGAGGAGGAGGGGGAGGCGGGUUCUUCGAGGUGCCGUGGUUCGGCCCGCCGGGGGGAGGCGGGUGGGGGGCGUGGGGAGCCGGCUACGGCGGCGCCGGAGGACACGAGAUGGCGCGGCCGUCGACGGUGUGCAUGGAGAAGGGCGCCUGCUACAAGAAGCGGCUCACCUGCCCGGAAAAGUGCUUCAAGUCCUUCAGCUUCAAGGACAAGCACGGCGGCGGCGGCGGCGGCGGCGGCGGGUGCAGCUUCGAUUGCAACAAGUGCGAGGCCACCUGCUAAUUAAUCAAACCGAAUGAUCCAUGGAUGGCGAAGAAUCGAUGGCCCUCUCUACUGAAACUGAUGGAUGUGUAUGGUAUGGGGUGUUGAAUUAAUCGUCAGUUAUUAGAGUUUUGUUAAUUAGCUACUUACUGAAUGGAAUGGAAUGUAAUGAAAUAUAUUUUGGUGAGCUGCGAGAGUCUGUAAGUAUUCAGGUGUGUGUGUGGUGUUCUUGAUGAUAAUGAUGAAUAAAACGAGAGGAAUUCAUCGAUUCUUUGACCGUA